AUGUCAAGAUCUCGAAUGAAAAAGCUGCUAGUGCUUGGGGUACUCAUCUGGACAGCUGCGACUAGUCUCAUCUUCCUACAGAUCAGCCAGAGUCGGCUACAGAAAGCCAUCCACGCCCAAGCAGAGAUCCUGGAACGGGAUGUGCGUUCGCAGUUGUACUCUAACGAAGAAGUGUUAGAUCUGCUGAAGCGCUGGAAGUCCGUUGACGAAGCUCGUAAAACACGUCGUGAAGUCAUCGCUGUCCUCGUGCUCGCUUACAAUCGCUUGUCGGUAGAAACCACCCUGAAGCAGCUACUCCGGUACCGGCCGCCCGGAAUCUGGUUCCCUAUCGUGCUCAGCCAGGACGGCUUCCACGAGAAGACGGCUCAUCUUUUGCGUGAGUACCAGGAGCGGCAUGGCUUCCAGCUUAUACACCAGCCCGAUCAGACGGAGCUCACGAAGGGUGUUUCGGCCAUCUUUAACAUCGAAGGUUAUCACCGCAUAGCGCGACAUUACAGGUGGGCACUGAACAUGGUUUUUAACCACUUCAACUAUAGCGCCGCCAUCGUUCUCGAGGAUGACCUGGACAUCGCUCCGGAUUUUUUCGAGUAUUUUGGGGCCUUGAUGCCGAUUCUUCGCCGUGACCCAAGUUUAUUUUGCGUGUCCGCGUAUAACGACAACGGAAAGCUACAACAUGUGUCCUCGUCACCUGACAUGCUUCAUCGAACCGAUUUCUUCUCAGGACUGGGCUGGCUUCUCACGCGAGAGGUCUGGCAUGAACUGGAGCCCCACUGGCCCAAGGCCUUUUGGGAUGACUGGAUCCGCCAGCCCGAGCAACGCAAGGGACGUGCUUGCGUCCGACCCGAGAUCUCGCGCUCGCGCACCUUUGGCAGAAAAGGAGUAAGCCGAGGACAGUUCUUUGACAAGUACCUCAAGGAUGUGCAUCUCAGCAGCGUCUUUGUAAAGUUCGGUAGCAUAGAUCUCACGUAUCUGUUGCAACACCGGUAUGAUCCCGCUUUUGACGCUGCUGUACGCGGAAGUAGUCUGCGCGACCUAGAAGAUCUCCUGGACAGUCGCGUGACCCAGGGUCCCGUAAGGAUCACGUACACCAACGAGCAACACUUCAAAGUGAUCGCCAAUUAUUUGGGUAUCAUGGACGAUUUCAAGGCGGGGGUUCCCCGUACUGCUUAUAAGGGCAUUGUCAGUACUUACUACCACGGGGUUCGCGUGUUCAUUGUGCCACGUGCGCAGCAGACGACCAGCACGCUGUUGCAGCGUGCUCGCAGUAACGAAGCUGUUUCUGGAUAA